AGAGAAGGACCUUGAUUUUUCCCUUUUACCCCAGCAUCGUCAGCCUGUGCUGGGUUGGUGGAAAAUGGGCACGCGGGUCCGCGCGAUCUAUGGACUUAUCCUCUCUUUGACGCUCACAUGCCAGCUGGUUACUGUGACCCAGGGCUCGAAGGUGUGGGGAGAGGUACCUUUGCCAGAGGACUUGGAGGCAGACAAAAGUGUCCAGGCAUCCCAAAGCCUUCUGGACGAUGAUGAGGACUUUGCUGCUGAUGAAGCUUCAGGAGAUCUACCCAGUGGCGAGGAUGAUGGGAGCACCCCGUGGCCUCCAGUAGUCUCAGAAAGCACAACUCACUGGUGGGAGUCUCACUUUCUGGGGAAGAUCCAGAGCCCGGUCGAACCAGACUACAUCUAUUACAGAGCGCUAGUCAACUUCACCGACUCACUGGUCUACAGCGCUGAGCUGGAGGAUAUUUUCUCCCCAGCCUUCAUUGAGGUCUCCGAUGCAGUGGUGGACACGCUGGAGUCAGAGUACAACAGGAUCCCUGGUGUUCAGACAGUCAGCGUGGUCCUCAUCAAGAAGAUGAUAAGAGAGGAUGGUGUAGACGUUUUUGUGGAGUUGGAUGUGGGCUCUGACUACAACAGCAAUGAUGAGCAGAUCCGCAGUGUGUUGUACAGUGUGGUGAAGGAGGGAGCCAUUGCUUCCUACAUUACAUCAGUCCAGGGCUUUCAGUUCCGGCGGCUGGGAGAAGUAACCCCCAGCAUUAGACCCUGCAUGGCAGAUGAGCACAGGUGUGGUGAUGGAACGUGUAUCCUGAUGGAAUAUCUGUGUGACAACAGACCUGAUUGCAGAGACAUGAGUGACGAGACAGAUUGCGAUCUGAGACAGCCCAGUCCGGUUACCCCUACCACUCCCAUUACCACCACCCCCAUCAAGAAGCCCCCCCGGCCCCCAAGCCCCCCUGGACCCUGCAGGGCCGACCAAGCCACCUGCCAAAGUGGAGAGUGUAUUCCAAGGGACUACCUCUGUGACGGGGAGAGGGACUGCUCUGAUGGAAGCGAUGAGUUCCGAUGUGGUACUCCCUCCCCCUGUGAGCCCAACGAGUUCAAAUGUAAAAAUGGCCGCUGUGCACUUAAGCUUUGGCGCUGUGAUGGAGACAAUGACUGUGAGGACAACUCAGAUGAAACAGACUGCCCCACUAAGGGUCCCAGGGACACAUGUGCCCCUGAGCAGUUUGUGUGCCUGAGUGACCGUACCUGCAUCCCAGCUAGCUAUCAGUGUGACGAGGAGCCAGAUUGUCCCGAUCGCUCUGAUGAGUUUGGCUGCACUCCUCCUUCGGUGACAAGCCCUCCAGAAGAGUCUGUUCAAGCAAUACGGGGGGAGACAGUGACGUUCUCCUGUCAGGCUGUGGGAGUGCCAACCCCCAUCGUCACCUGGAGACUCAACUGGGGACACAUCCCUGUUAGCGGCAGGAUUUCUAUGACCAGUGAAAAUGGUCGUGGCACCCUGACCAUCCGCGAUGUGAAGGAGGCGGAUCAGGGAGCAUACAGCUGUGAAGCCAUUAACGCAAAGGGCCUAGUGUUUGGUAUUCCUGAUGGUGUGCUGACUCUCACACAGACGCCAGGCUCAGGCAACUGUCCUGAUGGCCUCUUCAGCGUGGAGGGUCGCUGUGUAUCCUGCUUCUGUGCUGGAAUCACAAAGAACUGCCAGGCCACCGGCCGCUACCGCAACCAGAUCAGCCUGCGCUUCACUGAUGAAGAUGACUUAAAAGGCGUGAAUGUUACAUACCCCUCUAGGCCAGGCACUCCUCCUCUCUCUUCCACCCAGCUCCUCAUUAACCCUGAAAUGGAGGAGUUCCAGCUCGUCGACCUAUCUCGCCGUUUCCUCAUCCUUGACUCCUAUUGGACCCUGCCGCGGCAGUUCCUAGGCAACAAGAUUGACUCUUAUGGAGGGUCCCUGAAGUACAAGGUGCGGUACACACUGGCCCGUGGUCUCACUGAGCCUGAGGAGAAACCAGAUCUGAUCCUGGUAGGGAAUGGGCGCAGGCUUGUGUACCGUAGAGGUAAUGCCACCCCUGCCCGAGUGGUCAACCAGAAAGAGAUCAAAUUCACUGAAGAAAACUGGCAGCAGUCCAACGGUCGGUCAGUGAGCCGCGAGGAGCUAAUGAUGACACUGGCCAACCUGGACAGCAUCAACAUCCGCACUAUCUAUGACAACCAUAUGGUCAGUGUGGCGCUUAGCGACAUUGUUAUGGACACCACCACUGUGGAGUUUAGUACCCGGGGUCACGCUAAGGAUGUUGAAGAGUGCAGAUGUCCACCUGGUUACUCUGGCCUAUCCUGCGAGAUGUGUUCAUCUAGUUUUGAGCGCAUCCCCGGUGGUCCCUAUCUGGGCACCUGUGCUGGCUGUAACUGCAAUGGACAUGCCAGCGCCUGUGAUCCUAUCAGCGGCCACUGUCUGAGCUGCCAGCACAACACAGAAGGCCCUCAGUGUGACAAAUGUCGUCCCGGCUACUUUGGUGACCCUAGCCGAGGUCGACCCGAUGACUGCAAGCCCUGCCCCUGCCCGUACAGUGAAACAUCCCGUAGGUUUUCUGACACCUGCUUCCUGGAUACAGACCAACAGGCAACCUGUGAUGCCUGUCAGCCCGGCUACACAGGAAGACGCUGUGAAAAGUGUGCUCCUGGUUACCAGGGUGACCCUCUUCAGCCCAAUGGAAAAUGUGUUCCAAAUCAGAACCCCAAGUGUGAUAACAGAGGUACAAUCAACUCAAAUAGCAGGCCAUGCAGUUGCAAGAACAACGUGGCAGGUGCUCAGUGUGAUGAGUGUAAGCCCGGAUCCUUCCACCUUUCCGAGGCCAACCCAGAUGGCUGCUUACAGUGUUUCUGUAUGGGCGUUACGAAGCAGUGUGCCAGCUCUUCUUGGAGUAGGGACCAGGUUCAUGGAGGAGUGAACGGGCAGCUGUUCUCGCUUUCCAACAGCGCCAACACUAAAACUAUCUCCGAGGGAAUUUCUCAGAGAGGCUCCUCUGAAGUUGCCUACCGCUCCUUUUCUGAUAUCCCCAGUGAUAUCUACUAUUGGGUCCUGCCUGAGAGCUUCAGAGGAGACAAGGUGACGGCUUACGGUGGGGAACUUCGCUACACCGUGCGUUAUGAACCACGGCAACGCUCGCUGGUCAUUGACGGUCAGCCGGAUGUGGUUCUCCAGGGCAACGGCAUUUUCCUCGAACACUACUCUCAGACCAAGCCCAUCCCACGUGUCCCGACAAUUAUCACCGUGACCUUCAGAGAGUCUGCAUGGCGUCGCGCUGACGGGCAGCCCUGUACUCGUGAGCACCUCCUGAUGGCCCUGGCUGACAUUACUGUCUUUAUGAUCAGAGCCACCUACAUGGACAACAUGGCCGAGAGCAGCAUCUCAGAUAUCCGAAUGGAUAUUGCUGUCCCCCACUCCACUGGUAAUGAACGGGCACUAGAGGUGGAAGAAUGUGCUUGCCCUCAGGGAUACAGAGGACCCUCAUGCCAGGAGUGCGAUGUUGGCUACACCCGGACAAGCUCUGGCCUUUACCUGGGUACCUGUGAGAGGUGUGAUUGCAAUGGCUAUGCCAGCAGCUGUGACCCAGAGACUGGUGCAUGCUUGCAAUGCCUUCAUAACACUGCUGGACCAAGGUGUGAGCGCUGUCUGCCUGGCUUCUAUGGAAAUCCUGUGACAGGCAGUGCCCAGGCUUGUCAACCCUGCCCCUGCCCUGGAACCUCUUCCACCAACCAGUUCUCACAGUCUUGCUAUCUGGAUUCAGAUGGUCAGCCAACCUGCAACAGCUGUCCUCCUGGCUACACUGGCCGGCGCUGUGAGAGAUGUGCCGCAGGAUACACGGGCAAUCCCCUGCUUGGACAGAGGUGUGUGGUUGGCAGCAAUGAAGUCAACGGUAACUGUUACAACUGUGACCAGACAGGAAGUGAAGGCUGCAUUGGAGGCACAUGCCGCUGUAAGAUGAAUGUCGAGGGCCCAUCCUGCUCCAUCUGCAAGCCGGGAACAUUCCACCUGAGCCCAGACAACAAAGAUGGCUGCUUGUCCUGUUUCUGCAUGGGUGUCACCCAGCAGUGCUCGAGCUCCACAUACUAUAGAGACUUGGUGUCCUCGGUCUUUGCUCCAGGGAACUUUCAAGGAUAUGCUCUGGUGAACCGUCAGCGCACCAACCACAUCUCUACUGGCUUCACUGUAGAGGUGUCGACAGAGGGCACUCAGCUCUCCUACACCAACUUUGACUACCUGGGACAGGAGCCCCAUUACUGGCAACUACCGGGCGCCUACCAGGGAGACAAGGUGGGCUCGUAUGGCGGCAAGCUGAAAUACACCAUCUCCUACGUGGCUGGUCCUAGAGGAACGCUGCUUGACGAUGCUGAUGUUCAGAUCAUUGGCAAUGACAUCACCUUAGUGGCGCGUCAGACAUGGCAGAGGAGGCAGCAAGGCACCAGAGAGUCUCACCAGUUUGAGAUGGUAUUCAGAGAGGACAACUGGCGCCGUCCUGACGGCAUGCCGGCCACUCGGGAGCACCUGAUGAUGGUUCUGGCUGACCUGGAUGACAUUCUGAUUCGGGCAUCCUACUCCACUGAGAUGCGCUCAUCAAGUAUCUCUGAUGUCAGCAUGGAGGUGGCGGUGCCGAACUACAGCGGCUUGUCACAGGCCCUGGAGGUGGAGCAGUGCCGCUGCCCUCCUGGAUACCAGGGACUCUCUUGCCAGGACUGUGCCCCAGGAUAUACGCGCACUGGAGGAGGUCUGUACCUGGGUCACUGUGAGCUGUGUGAAUGCAACGGGCACUCAGACUCCUGCCACCCUGAGACCGGCAUCUGCACGAGCUGUCUGCACAACACUCAGGGUGAACUCUGCGAGCAGUGCGCGCCCGGAUUCUUUGGUGAUCCGACUGUUGGCACCCCAGAGGACUGCCAGCCCUGCGCCUGCCCUCACACUGACCCAGACAACCAGUUCUCCCCUACCUGUGAGAGUCUUGGUAAUGGAGGCUACCAGUGUACUGCCUGUCAGCCUGGGUACACAGGCCAGUACUGUGAACGUUGUGCCCCUGGAUAUGUUGGCAACCCCCAGGAGAGAGUAAAAUGUCGUCCAUACAACGCUGCAGCCUCCCUGGUAGUAAAGGUUUACCCAGAGAGGGUCCUGGUGUCCCAGGGAGGCUCUGUCACUCUCAGGUGCCAGGUCACCGGCUCUCCUCCCCACUACUUCUACUGGUCCAGAGAAGAUGGACGGCCCAUCCCCAGCAAUGCUGAUAGACGGAGACAAGGAGAAGAGCUAUACUUCCCAGUUGUUCAGCUCAGUGAUGCCGGUGUGUACAUCUGUACCUGCAGAGACCAGCGCAGCACCAACAGAAGCCGUGCUGAGAUUGUUGUCACGCCUUCCUCAUCCAAACCCAUUGAGGUGACUGUUGAGGAGCCCAAGGCUCAGACUGUCAGGGUGGGGUCGACUGUCAGCUUCAUCUGUACCGCCAAGAGCAAGUCACCAGCCUACACCUUAGUCUGGACCCGACAGGGGAAUGGGAAGCUGCCCAACCGGGCCAUGGACUUCAAUGGCAUCCUGACUAUUCAAAACGUCCAGCCUGAGGAUGCAGGCAUCUAUGUUUGCACUGGCUCCAACAUGUUUGCUAUGGACGAGGGCAAUGCCAUCCUCUACGUGCCAGAGGCCUCACAGACUCAGAUGUUUUACACAGCCUAUGAAAUGUUUGAAGGACAUAGAAAGCCUGCAGAGGGAGCCCAGCCAGUGGCCACCGUCACUCCUUCUGUACUGAAUGUCCAACAAGGUCAGAGGGCAGAGUUUCAUUGCAUGGUGACUGGGAGCCCUACCCCUGCCACUGAAUGGAUAGGAGGUCCAGGUAACAGAAUGAGUCCCAGAGCUGUGGUACGUGGCGGGGUCCUGACGUUCACAUCAGUGGACAAGGCUGAUGAGGGAGAGUACACCUGCAAGGCCCUGAACACUCACGGCGAGCACACAGCGCGGGCCUCUCUUUACAUUCAAACAUCCAGCCCAGUUAGCCUAGGCACUCAUCCCCAAGUCCAAGUCAGUCCCCAAAAUAUCGAGGUCCACGAGGGGGACACCCUGAGACUGUACUGCCGAGCAUCCGGAUCGCCCACGCCGAAGCUCACCUGGCUGAAAAACGGAGGACAAAUCCCUCCACAGGCCAUUCCUUCUCAAGGUUUCCAUCAGUUUAAAAGCAACAGUCUCGAUGUGUUACAGAGACGUAUUGAGGAACUGCAGGCCCAAAUGGAGCGCACUGACAUCGGUACUCUGCUCAUCCCAAACGUCAAGAUGGCCGACUCGGGCACCUACAUGUGUGUGGGCAGCAACAGCGUUGGCUCAAAUAGGGCUCCCAUACAAGUCGCUGUACUUAAAGAUCAUAGUUCUUCAGCUAUCACUAUACAGCCAUCUAUAGCUGAUGUACAGGAAGGACAGAGUCUGGAUCUCAACUGUCUUGUCCCUGGAAACCCUCCUCCCUCAGUCACUUGGACAAGAGCCAGCGGACGCCUCUCCUCCAAUCACCAGGUUCUGGGCAAUCAGCUACGUAUUCUAUCAGCCACCCCGGAUGACUCGGGGGAGUAUCUCUGUCGGGUGCAGGGAAAUCCAAGUUCUGGAAACCCUGGAUCUCCUGUCCGCCAGGCCUCAGUCUCUGUUUCUGUCACCUCAUCCUCCUCCAGGCUACAGACCCCCAUCAUCUCCAUUGAGCCCCACAGUGCUGCCGUGCGGCUGGGAGACUCAGCAAACUUCAGGUGCAGGGUGUACAGCGGAGCCCAGCCUGUCAGACUGGAAUGGAAGCUGUCGAACAACCAGCCCCUGCCAGAUAACGUCAAAAUUAGCUCUGAUGGUUCUGUUAUUACCAUUGCCAAUGCCCGCACCGGCAACCAGGGCACUUACCGCUGUGUGGCAAGCAACCUGUUUGGUAUCACACAGAGCAUUGUGUCUCUGAUUGUCAGAGAGUCUCCUGUGGCCACUGUCACCCCCACUGGACCUGUGCGGGUCAGGGUGGGCGAACCCAUCAACCUGGAGUGCCAGGCUUCAGGAGAGCCCCGCCCUUCAGUCACAUGGCACAGGGUGGACAGCACCCGGAAGACCAUGCUGAGCAGUCCUGUUCCCAUGGAGUCAAAUGCUGUCAUGCAGGUGCUAGUAGCACGUUCGGAGGACAGCGGCACAUACGUCUGUACGGCCCGAAACAAUGAGGGCACCUCUGAGACCCGGGUGGAGGUUAUUGUUGAAGGAAGCUCUCGAGUGCCCACUAUGCCCCUUGCCUCUGUUCCUGAGCUCCUGAUGAUUGUGGUGGAAGGACAGACAGCCACACUGCACUGUGAUGCCCAAGGCUUCCCUGCCCCCAAAAUUACUUGGGCUAAGCUGCGAGCUCCUCUGCCCUGGAGGCACAAGGUGGUGAAUAACACCCUGGUGCUGCCCAGUGUGGGCCGCCAAGACUCUGGAGAGUACAUCUGCAAUGCAACCAACCCCAUGGGCACCAGCGAAGUCACCAUCAUGCUGGAUGUAGAGACUCCUCCCUAUGCCACCUCCAUGCCUGACAACGUGGCCGUGCGUGUCGGGGAGGUGAUCAGGCUGCAGUGCCUGGCCCAUGGCACUCCUCCCCUCACCUUCACUUGGACUAAGCUGGAUGGCAGUGUACCCCCCAGGGCUGAGGUCAUUGGAGGGGAUCUGCAAAUCGACCUAGCCACCCCCGAGGAUGCAGGAAGCUACAAGUGUGUGGCCAGCAACAAAGUUGGCAGCAGUGACAUUGUGGCUAAAGUCACAGUCAGAUCCCCCCUGGCAGUGCGGGUAUCCCCUCAGGUUGAGGUGAAAGCCCAGGGCAGUGCUGUGGAGUUCACCUGUUCAGCAGCAGGGGGCGUAGAAACCAAAAUCGAGUGGCUAAAGGAAGGAGGUGCCCUGCCACCUAACCAUCACAUUAAAGAUGGGGUGCUGAGGAUUGAGAACCUUGAGCAGAGCAACGAGGGUGUUUAUAUCUGCAGAGCCAGCAGUGUAUAUGGUCAGGCCCAGGACACCGCCAAGCUCACUAUCCAAGCCCUGCCAAAAGUGAUGAUCAAUGUGCGUACGUCAAUUCAGACUGUGAUGGUUGGGAACUCGGUGGAGUUUGAAUGCCAGGCCAUUGGAGAACCCCAGCCAACCGUCAAGUGGAGUAAGGUCGGUGGCUCUCUGCCCUCCCACAUCAUGGUGAAGGAUGGGAUGCUGAAGAUUGACCAGGUGACGGAGGCUGAUGCCGGGCAGUAUCGCUGCACAGCCACCAAUGACGUGGGCUCAGUCCAGUCUCAAGUGGUCCUCAAUGUCCAGUCCCUUCCACAGAUAGCUGCACUGCCCGAAACUAUGGAGGUGACAGUAGGUUCUGAUGCUGUCUUGCCCUGUGUAGCUUCUGGAUACCCUGUACCCCAGAUUAAGUGGUCCAAGCUGGGAGGUGAGCUUCCACCUAAGUGUGUCCAGGUGGUCAAUGUCCUGACGGUUCCUGGUGUCACCCACGAGGAUUCUGGGACAUAUGUCUGCACCGCCUCCAACAAACAGGGCAAAGUGGAAGCCUUCACCGCACUUAAUGUUCAUGAGAGAGUGAUGCCCUACUUUGCCCAGGAGCCUUUGUCCUACCUCACUCUUCCCACCAUUAAGAAUGCCUACAAGGCGUUCAGCAUCAAGGUCACCUUUAGACCUGAUAAUGUUGAUGGUCUUAUAUUGUAUGCCGGUAUGAUCCUCUUCAACGGCCAGAGGAGGACCACUGGAGCUGAUUUCAUCUCUCUGGGCCUGGUGGGCGGACGUGUCGAGUUUAGAUUUGAUGUGGGCUCUGGCAUGGCCACCAUCCGAGACCCCAACCCUAUCAAGCUUGGAGAGUUUCACACAGUAGAGCUCUAUCGGAACCUCACCCUUGGUUACAUCAUUGUAGACGGAGGCAAACCUAUCAAUGGCAGCUCUCAGGGCAAGUUCCAGGGACUGGAUCUGAAUGAGGCUCUUUAUGUAGGUGGUUACCCCAACUAUACUAUCCUUGCCAAAACUGCUGCCAUUAAGACUGGCUUUGUUGGGUGCAUUCGUCAGUUGGUAAUUCAAGCCGAGGAGGUCAUCUUUAAAGAUCUUGACCGCAGCUCUACUGGCGUCACUAACUGUCCCACCUGUAAAGACCACCCAUGCCAGAAUGGAGGAAGGUGUGAGGAUUCGGAUGCCAGCUUAUAUAUGUGUAGCUGUCCCAGAGGAUUCACAGGCAGCAACUGCCAGCACCACUCCUCCUUGCACUGCCACUCAGACGCCUGUGGACCAGAUGCCACCUGCAUCAACCGACCAAACGGCCUGGGCUAUGACUGCCGCUGUCAUCUGGGCAAGUCUGGAAACAUAUGCAUGGACGGGGAACUGGUGACUACUCCGUUAUUUGAUGGCGAGGAGUCGUACAUUGUCUAUCCUCCUCUGACCAACAUCCAUGAUGAUCUGCGUGUUGAGCUGGAGUUUAAGCCCAUGGAAAGGGAUGGUCUGAUGUUUUUCUGUGGAGGGAAAAAGAUGAAGGUGGAGGACUUUGUCGCUGUUUCCAUGGUGGAUGGGCAUGUGGAGUUCAGAUAUGAGCUGGGCACAGGCCAGGCAAUUCUUCGCAGUGCAGGACCAGUUUCCCUCGGCCAGUGGCACAGAGUUGUGGCAGAGCGGAAUAAGAAGGCCGGUUACCUGCGGGUAGACCAGGGUCCAGUGGAGAGGAAGACAUCUCCAGGGAAGGCCCAGGGUCUCAAUAUCCACACCCCUAUGUACCUGGGAGGAGUCCCUAAGAUGGAAAUCCUGCCUAAGCCUGCCAAUGUCAGCGAAUUGUUUCAAGGAUGUAUAGGAGAGGUUUCCAUCAACAACAAGAAGGUGGACCUGUCCUACAGUUUUACAGAGAGCAAAGCGAUUCGCAAGUGUGUAGAUAACAGCCCUUGUGACCGCCGGCCCUGCCUUAACGGAGGUCACUGUAUGUCUAAUGCUGAGUAUGAAUUCCAGUGUCUCUGUGAGGAUGGAUUUGAGGGUGAGCGUUGUGAGGUGGUGAAGUAUGUGUGCCAGAGCAACCUUCACUGCCAGAACGGUGGCAGCUGUGUCAACGGCCAAUGUGUGUGUACAGCAGGCCACACUGGCCUAAACUGUGAAGAAAGCCAGGUCUCCAGGUUCUCCGAGGCUCUGUGGAGUUUGGAAGGUAGCGGGGCAAAUGAUUCACCCUAUCAGUAUGCAGCUCAUUUCCAUGACAACGGAUACAUCGCCCUUCCUAAACUAAUUUUCCCCAGAAGUGCUCCUGACUCUCCAGAAACCAUUGAACUGGAGAUCCACACCAGCUCAUCUGACGGUCUGAUCAUGUGGCAGGGAGUGGAGACCAAUGGCGCACGCCAUUUGCGCAAGGUGCAUGCUAGUAAAAAGGAACUCGGAGAGCAUGGCAGAGGCAAGGAUUUCAUUAGCCUCGGUCUACAGAAUGGCCACCUUGUUUUCAGUUACCAGUUGGGGAGCGGAGAAGCAGAGAUCAUGUCACUGGAGCCCAUCAAUGAUGACCAAUGGCAUAAGGUCACAGCUGUCAGAACUGGAAAAGAUGGAUACAUCCAGAUAGAUGGAGGAGCCAUGCAACGCGGACAAUCUAAAGGCAAAAGCCUCAUGGUCAACACUAAAGGCAGUAUAUACCUGGGGGGAGCCCCAGACAUGACUGCAUUGACAGGAGGGAAGUUCUACUCGGGAAUGGCGGGCUGCGUCAGGAACUUGUCGCUGAUGAAUGCCAGGCCAGGUCAACAACCAGCGCAGGCCAUCGACCUGCAAACCCACGCAGCCCAUGGUGUCAACGUACAGCCAUGCUCUUCAUAGACCGCAGCACACAUUGACACACACACACACACACACACACACCCAGAGACUAUGGAGUGAUGUCACACAUUACACAUCAGAGACACACACAGAGAAUGCCACACACACACACACACAAACAGAUCCUAAUACAAACUUGGUGCUUUGCUGCUACCAAAAAAAAAAACAAAAAAAAAAACCCUAUCAUGAAGACAGAAAAGGAUAUGUUUCUUUCUCUGUGUGCGUUCAAACCAAAAAAAAGGAAAAAUUUAAAUGAUAUUAACAAGUCUUCUCUUCCUCAGUGUUGUAUUCUCAAUGAAGGACUAUUAACACAGGAGAACCAGUACAGUUUACAUACUCCCAGCAGUAGCUUUAGCCAUGAGAAGAGUAAGAAUAAAACGUAUUAGGCCUUCUAAGAUGGCUCAGAUCCUAUGGAGUUGGAGAUGUUUUUACAGCACUGAAUUUUUAUUUAUAUACAUAUGAAUAUAUAUAUAUAUAUUAUAUAUUUGUGGGGGAAAACAUGCAAACUAACCAUAACUGCUCUUCUACUUUCCUAGAGUUUAUUCUGGGUUCUAAUGCCGUGUGUCCAGGGCUUUUUAUAGGCCUAACUAUAUUAAUACUUGAAGAUGUUUAGGCCUUCUUUCUUCACUUCUGUAAGGGAUCCCUCUGGGCGAGCAUGCUUACAGUCUUUAGUAUACCGUUGGGAGAGGGUUGCAUACGGUCACAGCACAAGCGGCUUCAGUAUACAACUCAGGUUAUAAAUAAUAUAAAAAAUAAAAUCUGAUACAAGUACAACUUUUACAUUUACUGGUGCUUCAACGAGGCUGAAUCGUUUCAUAUCACAUGUCACACUUGCCUUCAUUGCAUGGCUGCUUCUUCAGUGUCUGUCUUACGACGUUUGUUGUUGUUUGUUGUUGUUUUUUUCUUUUAAAUAAAGAAACCUUGGUGCUAAUGUCAGACAUGAAGAUACAGCCCACAAUCACACGAUUGUCUCUGUUAACCUUUGACUGACGUAGAGGUGUGUAUGUGCUGUUUAGUGUACAGGAUAUACAGUACAGCAGACGGAAGCGACAUCAGCAGAUGAACUGAUGUGCGCAGCUGAAUGGGUUAAUCUUAUAAUGACAUGACAUGUUGUCGCCACAGCCCAAUCAGAUUGAGUAGAUCUCAGAACAGAGUUUUGUAAGAACAGAAAAUGGUCUAGAUUUUUAUAUAUGAUUGUUUGUAAAAAAUAAAAGACACUAUUAUGAAAAAUACCAAUCUGCUAGUCAGGUAAAUAUAUCGGUAUAAGUUGAAAUGUUCCUGCAUGUUCAGUCAUUUUUUUUUUCAGUUCUGUUUGUCUCAUCUCCUUCCUUUCUUACACAAUUCACUCCACGCUCCAAAGGGUGUUAGAGAGGUGUGUAUAUGUGGAAAUGCCUUUGUUGGUGUGUGUGUGUGUGCGUGCGCAAUUGUGCAUGCGGGGUGAGUUCACGGGUUUGCAUGUGUGUGCAUUCUGUGUGUGUGCGUGCGCUUGUGUGUGUGUCUGUGUCUGUGUGUCUGUGUCUCCUUCCUUUCUUACAAUUCACUCCAAUCUCCAAAGGGUGUUAGAGGUGUGUAUAUGUGGACAUGCCUUUGUGUGUGUGUGUGUGUGUGUGUGUGUGCGUGCGAUUAUGUGUGUGAUUGUGCAUGCAGGGUGAGUUCAUGGAUUUGCAUCAUGUGUAUGCAUUCUGUGUGCACGUGCUUAUGUGUGUGUGUGUGUGUGUGUGUGUGUGUGUGUGUGUGUGUGUGUGUGUGUGUGUGUGUGUGUCUCAUUAUCCACAUCCUCAGGAGGUUCAACGCAGAACUGCCUCAAUGCAUGACCCUAUUCCAGGGCUGCUUGCCAUAGUUACUAUAUGGUGAAAUAAAGGACCGAUCUGUCAUUAACUCUGGAGGCUACAUGGUUUUGCUGGCUGUGAUUUAUCUGUAGGGAGAGCUGCAUCUGUAGCAGUAGGUGAGGAGUUGGGAGUAAGUUUUUUGGUAGUGUGAGUACGCAGUGGAAGCCUCCAACAAGUGCUGUGACCAGUAGUGUGGCUCCUGGAGAGCAUGCUCGCCCACCUUAGUGUACCGCAUGACAAACAACCAUCACCGCAUGUUCACCUUAGGCUUCACAAAUCUCACCUUUUUUUUGUAAGCUUAUAAUAUUUGUAUUAAUAUGAUAAAAACGAGCACUAUCGUUUCUCUUAGAGUUGCUUCUUUCUAUUUAUUUUUCGUUGUUUUUUUGUGGUUUUUUUUUCCUCCUUUCCAUCACUUUCGUUUCAAGGUUUGAGUCUGCUGUUUUAGAGCAAUCAGAAAUGCUUUCUAUUUUCUUUUGUCUGGUUUUUGUGUAUUGCCUCCCACAUCCCCCUCGUUCCCUUCAUGUUUGAGUUGAAUACAGGCCCUGUAAGUUCUUAAAAUAAUGUCCCCAAUGAAGUUCCCAUGAUCCUCCAGCCAUCCUAUAUAAUUUCUAUAGAGUGGUUAUGUUCACGACCUGACUUGACUUGUUCAAGUUGUUGGAAACAGGUCAUAUUUUUCACUUCAGCAUGAUGAAUCAAAGUCUUAGGCUCCAAAUACAAUAAAAGAUCUUUAUUUACAAAGAAAGGUGCCAUGGUGUUUGUUGAUAUGUGUCGUUGAACAGGAUUGAUAACAGCCAGUGCUGUGGUCCAAGUUUUGGAGGCUAAAGCGGAGCUGCGUAUUUGUGCCUUGUUCAGGCCCCGCUUGUGUAUCUGCUCUAAAACUGGAUUUCCAUAUAUACACUGUACAUGACUGUCUCCCGAUCGGCAGUAAUUUGACACCAAACACUUCUACAGAGCAUUUUGGUUGCAUUUUAGGUCACCGCAAAACAAAGCAAGGAGAAGCAUCAUAUGUGUACGAUAGAUAGGCGCGCUUUUGUCAGUGAAGAGAAUUUUGAUUUUUGCCUUAUUGAAAUUGUUCGUAUUUGUCUAUUUUUCACUUUUGAAUGAAAGACAAACGAUGUGGAAAUGAACUUUAACAGAGUUUCGUGAAUGAAAGUGUAACCGAUGAAAUGUUGUCCAUGUCGAGACAACCUGAUUGUAUUCCUGACUGUUCCAUUUCCAGUGUUGAAAGGACUCCCCCCUCCCCCUCCCCCUGGUGUUUCUUAAUUAAAAAACAAAAAUUCAU